ACACGGCCGAAACCAAACCCAUUAUAACCAGCCCAAGCCCAUAACUCACAUUGGGCCAGACCCAAUCCUUAUAGGAUUCAUUUUACUCUCGGAAAAAUGUAAAGACCAAAGAGAGGUUCGGGAUUCUAAUCUCCUUCCUCUUUUUAACUUUUAAGCCAAGCCUUCUCCGUUUUCGUCACCCGAGCUCGUAUAGUAUUAGUACCGCAUCUUUUCUCCCCCGGCGCCGGCAUCGGAGUUAUCUUCCCUCAAUCCGUCUGUUUGUCUAUCGUCAUGGUCGCCGAUAGCUGCUACGCGGAGUGGGAUCUGCCGUUAAGCGAGCUCUUCCACCGUUCCGCCCCCAGAAAACGGCGGCGAAUCAGUUCAGAAGGAAACCCUCCUCCUCCCGCCAUCAUCGGCAAACUCGGAGACGAUCUCCUCGUCGAGAUUCUGAUUCGCCUCCCCAAUCCCAGAUCCGCCUUCCGCUGCAAACCCGUCUGCAAGCAGUGGAGCUCCCUCAUCUCCGAUCCCAGCUUCAAUCGCCGUUUCGUUGCUCACCACCAGAGCAUGAACCUGAUCCAACCACCUAUGCCGGACGACCAGAAGGAGCUGCAAUCGAUCAUCCUCAGCUUUCUCCCUCCAAUGCCCAGCAAAAUUGGAGCCAGGUUCAAGGUUUUGGAUUGUUUCAAGGACUUGGUUUUAUGCGGAUUCUGGGAUGUAGAUUACGACAACAGCGAGCAGUGCAGAUCCUACUUGGUCUGCAAUCCGUUUACCAAGCAAUGGAUGGCUCUUCCUCUAGCGCCUGAAAAGGCAAAGGGAUACCAAGCACCGUUUGCCAGGUUAGUCUGUGAACCCAGGAGCAGCUCUAAUUGUAAUCUUGAUCUAGGAGAUGACCGAGUGUUUGUUUAUUCCCCUGAGUAUCGCUUCCGGGUGGUGUGUAUAUAUUCUCAGAUGAUGUCUGUAAAACUAGACUUGUUCUGCUCGGAGUCUGGGAAAUGGACGAAGGAGGCCCUUGUUCGUCCCGGUCACAUCAAAAUUGGGAACAAGAAUGUAACUUCGUGGAAUGGGGAAUUGUUGUGGGUGUAUAUUGAAACCCGAGAUUUCGAUGCUGGCCGGAUUGAUCCCGUAGUGGCUGCGUGGAAUCCUUUCCGCAUUGAUAUACCUCCCACUUGUAUCGACGUCUCUGCAUUCUAUGAGAAAGAGCGGUGGGACAUUUCCGUAUCGCAAGGUGCUCUGCACGUUGUUGCGUUAGAAGAGCAAACCGUGCCUACUUGUUCGAGCGUUUGGAGGCUGGAAGAAGACCGUAAAUCGUGGAAGAAACAGUGUGAAACGUUGUUGAAGACAGCAGUGGGGUUCAACUAUCAAUGUAAGAGCAGUUGUCUACCUUUUCUUCAUCCAAAUAACCCGGAAGUAGUCUUCCUCCAUUGUAGGGGCGGUCCUGAUGACAAUGCUAUAUUGUCCUGCGAUUUGAGGAAGGGAGAGCUCGAGUUCUUUGCUAAAUUAGAAGUACUUGCGUGCCGUUUUACUGUGCUCCAGCCUAUUAGGGUGGCUUGCUGGCCGACUCCAAUUCCAAGGUACGAGGAGUUGAGAGGCAUGUACGAUGGAAGUUACAGCUUUUGGGUUCAGAGCAGCACUGAAGCAACAACUCCGUCCCUUAAUAAUUGGUAAUUGACAACAUGGCAACAUAGAUGUUGAAUCAUUCCUGGAAUGUUUGUGAUUGAUCGGAAGAUGUUAAUGGUGAUUGGUGAGAAAACAAUAAUGUAUCUGCGUUGCCGUGUGUUAUUGGCGAUGAUAAGAAAGCCCUGUCACUUGUUAUUUAGCUUAGUUUUCUUCCUCGAACUACAACCAGAUUUGGUUCCAUUUCUGUUGAUACCGUAAGCUUAACAAGAGCCUCCUGGGUGCACUCUCCCGAUUCAGAACAAAACAAGUUCAGCGUAACGUGUCAAGCUGACACGGUUUUACGUUUGGAUUCCUUCUCAAAAUGUCUCGUAUUAAUUGGAUUGGGUGGACACUCAUAUAUAUAAAGGUUAUUUCUUAUAUUUUCGAGGUGACAUUUGGAUCGUACCAUAAUACAAACGAUACAUAUAUACUUCCAUGCUUGCAUCAACCUGCUAAGAUCUCUUAAUCAAUUAGAAAAGAAAUCCGACUCAUCAGUAUACGAACUUUACCUAUUUCGUCCCGAUCAAAUCGUAGGACAAGAUAUACGCCUUCCUACAAUGAACAACAUCGCGAAAAUAUAAGAAGACGAUUUCGGUCUUCUGCGGGUGCAUACCAACUCUGAAACACUGCUUGAUCUCAUAACUACUACACAUUGAUGCUGCUGACGACGAUUACGAUAUCGUCUCUUUCAACAACCACCUCGUGCAAUUUCUGCCAAGAUUCACCGGUCUUCGUCCAGUCUCCAAACGAUCAAUGCAUUCCUCGAGCAACCUUCGGAUUCGAGUUCUAGUAAAACUAUGUGCAGAACACCUUGCGAGACCGAAAUCUGCUUUAUAUAGUCGGCUCCGGAAAUACCAAAGAAUCGUAAGUCGAUGUAAGCUGUACACCAAAAGGGAAAGGAUUCACCACAACGAGUACUAGAUAGCUAAACCAGUCGUCAUCAUCAUGACCGGGUCCAUCAUCGGUUUGUCUAUAUGCCCCGUAUAUUUUCGCAUUGCACGGAUUUAGGGUUUAGGGUUUGGGAAGCUGCGGAUGAGAAUUUCGACGACGAGAUCGUCGCCCAGCUUGUUGAUCGCCACCGUCGUGGGAUGAGAACCUAACGAAUUACGAUGUCGCCAACUGCAUGGCCGCCGACCAAAACCCUAGGGUGCUAUAGUUAAUAUAUUUUUUAUAUGCUGGUUAUUCGGCCACGGUUUCCUAGUCUGAUUAGGAAUGCAACUUCUCACGAUUGGUUUAAUCGUUGUCAUGUCCUGGGGUUUCGGAUGGUAAAACGAUCGAGGUAAUAUUCUUAUGAAUAUAUUAAUGGGUCGUUUAGGAAGUUGCUAUUGUUUGUGUGGGAUUGUUCCUAUAUACUUGUAUUGUUUAGAAUACAAGACAAAUCAAAUAGUAAACCUAGAAAAUUGAAGAGAAUCGACAACCAUUAACCAUAGUUUGCUGCAUAGUCUAACAUCAAUCAUCUAUUUUACAGAUACUUAUUAUAUUUUUCCAAUAAUCGAUGUAUAGUUAAGAUAUAUUGGAUGAUUUUUAACCACCUAAAUUUUACGGCCACCAAAAAAGAAGUUGAACCACACCAAUCGACAAUAUCCACCCACAUACGCAUUUAAUGGGUUAUAAUCGAGUGUGUUCGAAUGGGUUUAACGCGAUUGAGCUACCAUUAUUCAUCACUAAUUAAUAAAUAUGCCAUGAAGUAUGAACUAUGAACCACCCUCAUUAUUAUCGAAAUGAGGAUAAGAACACCUCCCUCUCUUUUCCAACAUCUUUUCCCAGCAACUCAAAUGAGUGAUUCACCAUCUUCGUAACACCUAUCUUGAGAACCCUCUCUUUCCAUCAUCUUUUCCCAGCAUAAAAGUGAUUCACCAUCUUUGCAACACCUAGAUUUAGAAGCUAGCAAUGGAUUACAAAACUAUAUAGUAGUGAGCUUUCUCAAACUAGGAAUCCAGGGAAAAGAGACAAAGAAAACAGAAUCAGAAAGAGCAAGAGCAAAACAAGUUGUUGUUAAUUAAGUAUACAAUACACAUACCUUCUUAGAGCAUAAGAAAUUGCCAAUUACUGAGGAAGGAGUUACUUGGCUGCUGCUGCUGUUCCUGUUCCGUUGAACACAACAGCGGUAUCUUCCAUCGUAUAAACCUCGUAGUUUCUCGUAUCUUGGAAUCGGGGUAGGCCAGCAACAGAUCCUAGGCUGGAAUAGCUUCCAGAACCAUGAAUGUUCAGCAAAGAACCCUGCCUCUCCCGUCCUCGUAUCGAUGUACAAUAUGUUAGGCUUGUCGCCAAAUCUUCUACCAUAAUAUUCGAACAAGACAAUCUCCGGCUUCUCUGGGUGCAGGCAUGCAAUAUGAAAAUUUUCGAUGAUGUCGUACUUAUGCUCUAAUGUGUCUUUCAACGACACUUCGUAUUGUUUAUUCCAAGAUAUAUGGUGGUCGUGGUCUUGGUCUUCUUCCAGUCUCCAAAUAGUCAACGAGUAGGAUUCAAACACCUCGUGACACUGAAAUAUGUGUAAUGUCAAAACUUUUCCGUGUAGAUGAAGGGUCAUCAACACGAAUUGGAGGUGAAUCGAGGUGGAAAGGGUCGACCCCAACAAUAGGACUAGGACCAAAGGUAUACAGAAACAGUCUGCCGUUGCUCGUAACUAUUUGAGCAUCACUACAUAUAAGAUCAUCACGAAGGUCCAAGACAAGAGCAUCUUUGGUCCAUUACAUGUCGACUUUCGCAGACUUGGCUGUCCCACCUCAUCUUCAUCCAGACAUACCACCCUAAAUUGGUAUUCGUAAGUAGAACGGGGUCGACAAACUAACCUAGAAGCGAAUGCAUAAUAUUCAUCAAUUGGCUUUUUUGGCACUAAAGGAAGGGCGAUCCAUUGCUUCAUAAACACGUUGCUUGCAACAAAUAACGAUCAGACAAAUGUGGGUUCGAUCCACCUCGGGAAUGAAAACCCGCAUAAAAUAAAGUCUCUAUAUUUCUUUUUUUUUGAAAUACCGACGAUGAUCUUGCUCGGGCCAAUUAAUUGAUUUUUUAGUGUUUAAAAAUCAUGGUUGUCACGCCGGACGGCAUGCCACCGGUUGUACCAGGUUCAACCGAUACCAGUCAUAAAACCGGCGUGACACCACCGGGUUCAAUACGAUAAAAAUUAUUUUAUUAUUUAUUUUAUGAGUAUAAAAGUUAAAUAUUGAUGUUAUUUGUUGGAUUCAAGUAUAAAUGCUAAGGUAUUUACGUUAAAUGUCAUGUUUAAAUAUGAGUAUUUAUAAUUUUAUUUGUAAUAAUGACCGGCAUGAACCGACACAAACUGGUAUGAGCCACCGAUCGAACCAUUCUACUUGCUAAACCGGCACACUGGCAUAAACCGGUUUGACAAUCUUGUUAAAAAUAGUCAAAUAUUAAGCAAAGAAAUAUUGGGAUCCGGAAAAAGAAGAGUUUCCCGCUACUACAUCGCCUUCCUCAAGAAAUAUUUGGCUUCUAUCAAACUCGCCAAAUACUCUGGUACGUGCUCCAAAAUAGAAUUAGAGAAUCUGUGCUUUCUGAUUACUAGUGUUUAGUGCAUAGUUAGAGGAAGACGAAUUGACGAAUCAGUUGGAUAGAAUCAGUGUUUUCUGAUUGUUAGGGUUUAGUGCGUAGUUAGAGGAAGACGAAUUAAAGAAUCAGUUUGUGUUGUUAGGGGUUAGUAUUAGGUGGAUCCUCCUGAUUAUCGAGCAUUUUUCCAUGGACAGAGGCUAUUGCUGAUGCAGGCAGGGCGAUUGAAAUUGAUGCUUCAUUUGCCAAAGCCUACUUGAUCCAAGGGUUAGUAGCUGAAUUGAAUGGAAGUUAGAUAGGUUGCUUUGUUUUCGGACCUUGGGAUCAUUUUUGCUUAUCACUUACUGUGUUGAUUUAUGCCUAUGUGAUUACAGCAAAGCAUUAAUAGGGCUAGGGGAUUAUAAGGCUGCAAGAAAAAAACUUAAAGAUGGGACAGCUCGAACAGAGGAGAAUCUGAAACCAACUUUCACUAAUUUGAUUGAUGAAUGUGAAGCUCACAUUACUGGUAGGCCCUCUUUUCUUGGCUAUGUUGGAUUGGUUUGGGAAAUAUGUGAGUCAGCAUAUGUAGCUUGGUGGUUCAGAGUCGUAUUUCGAUUCAAUAACCCGAGUAAGGUUUGGCUUUUGAUGUGGAAUGACUCGUCAUUGUGCAGUUUGAAUGUCUUGUAGUUCGGGUGCAAUGUAUGUGGAAUUGCUGUAUUCUUGAUGAUUUCACUUAUGGUUAGUCUGUAAGCAAGUUGAUGAUGGGUGUAAUUCCUUUAGCGAUGACCAUUUAGUCCAAUAGGUGUGUUUGGACAUAUUGUUGUGCAAUUCCAAAUUGAUGUGGAAUUUGUAAGGUUGUCGCUGUGCUGAUAUGCUUGGCUCCAAUUCCAAUUGAUGUGGAAUUUGUAAGGUUAUUGCUGUGCUGCGCUGAUAUACUUGGCUUGAACACAACGAGUUGUCCAUGUUGAUCCUCUUAGAAAGUAGCAGUUCUUCCUGGUUUCUGAUGUUGGAUUUGUUGUGGAAGUAAUAUGAGUCAUCUUGUGUUCUGUGUAAUGUUGGUUUCUUGGCAAGUGAGGCUUUGUUCUGUGGAAUGUUGGUUGGGGUCUGCUGUGUUGUGUAUGGCUGCUCUUGGUUGUUAUGUCUAGUAUUAUUUUGAUGGGCAUGCUGAUCUUCGAUGCUAGUAGCAAAGUUUCCUGCUAGUGUAGCUAAUUGUUGAGCUAUCUUUCCACUAGUGCUUGUCUUGGCAUCUGCGUUUUUCUUCUAUUCCCUUGUAAACUUAGUUUACACUAAAAUGCUUGCUUGAUGUUUUCUUUUUUUUGCAGGGGAAACAGGCCAGCUUCCAAAGGAAAACUAAAUACAUCAGGAAUCGACUCCCAACAGCACAUCAUUCAUACUGACAAAUUCAUGCCCAAUUGUCCAUAGAGAAGUUUGAAACAUACUGUCUCUGUCUAUUCUACCCUGCUACUGACAUCAACUUGCCCACGAACCCUCCAGAAUCUCUUGGUUUGAUAUUCAGGGGUGUGUUUGGAUCUCCUGAUCCAGGGUCUAAGUACAUGUUUUCUUGGUGCCCAAUCUCUGUAUCUAGGGUGCCAUGUGUAUCUACUCGGUGUCUCAGCAUACAACAUUGACUGACUGAGCUUUUGGUUCUCUCAGGUUUAGGCUAAAGCACUUUAGAAAACUGUGAUUUGUCUGAAACUUGAUUCAGGAAUUGGGUUGAUUGAGAAAUGAAGAAGAACAGGAAAC